AUAAUUUUAGUAAUAUUGUCGAUACUGUUAACCGGUUUAAUGUCUAGUAAUUUAAUCCAAGGGUUGGAUUCAUCUGAAAAUUUGGUGAUUCAGUCAAACAAUGAAUUUUCAUUCAGAAUAUACAAUAUAUUAGCAAAAGAUGACAACGAUAUCAUCUCUUCGUUUUCAAUAAUAUCGGCAUUAAGUAUACUAAUGAAUGGCGCAAAUGACAAAACACUCGACAAUUUGAAGACAUUUCUUGGAUUUCAAAACAAAAAGUCAAAUGAAUUAAUUAGUGAUCAAACUAUUAAUAAUGGAUUUCAAACUAUUAAUGAAUUCUAUGAAAACAAAAGCAUUUCAUAUAUAAACUAUUUGAAUAAAACACAAGAAAACAAUCGAUAUGAUAGAGAUUUGAAACACCAGUUAAAUGUUGCAAAUCUUGUUGUAAGAGAUGAUAAUGAAGUACUUAAACAAGAGUUUGUGGACGCAAUACAACUGGCCUUUAGAGCACAGGUAGAUAGGGCUGACUUCAAGCACAAUGCAGUGGCAGAGACUGACAAAAUUAAUCAAUGGAUUAGCAAACAGACAAACAAUAAAAUAGAAAAAAUAUUUGACAAAAUUAAUGAACAGACAUCUCUUAUACUAUUAAAUGCGGUUUAUUUUAAAGAUAAUUGGGAGGAAGAGUUUAGUAAACAUGAGACUAUUAAGUCUAACUUUUAUAAUAACGGCGCCGAAAAUAAUAAUGUUUCGGUCGACACUAUGUCUCGUACGGGUAAUUACUAUUACUUUAGUUCACAUGAGUUAAACUCACGACUCAUUGAAUUGCCGUAUAAGGGAUGGGAAAUGUCUUUUGUUAUUGUAUUACCAAAUGAUAGAAACGGUUUGUCAACACUUAAGACUCGGAUAAAUGCCAUAAACUUUGAUAAAGCAUUCAAAUCAGUGAAGAGAGAAUAUAUAAAUCUAUUUUUACCAAAGUUUAAGUCAGAAAAAGAGUACGAUUUGAUGACUGCUAUAAAUCCCAAACCAAUUGCAUUGACCACUGAAGCAGAUCUAUCACGACUGUCCACUUCAAGUAAGCAAACCGUAACACAAAUCAAACACAAAACCUUUAUAUCGGUGGACGAAGAGGGGACCGAAGCGGCGGCCGUCACAGCUAUUAGUAUUCAAUAUCUUUCGGCUUUUGAAUAUAAUUCCCCACCGAUUGAAUUUCGUGUGGACCACCCGUUCCUCUAUUAUAUUAUUGACAAAACUAAUGGUAUGAUUAUGUUUUCCGGACAAAGGUUGGAUUUAUCCGAAAAUUUGGUGAUUCAGUCAAACAAUGAAUUUUCAUUCAGAAUAUACAAUAUGUUAGCAAAAGAUGACAACGAUAUCAUCUCUUCGUUUUCAAUAAUAUCGGCAUUAAGUAUACUAAUGAAUGGCGCAAAUGACAAAACACUCGACAAUUUGAAGACAUUUCUUGGAUUUCAAAACAAAAAGUAUUUGAAUUUGAACUAUUUGAAUAAAACACAAGAAAACAAGAGAUAUCAUUUGAAACACCAGUUAGAUAUUGCAAAUCUUGUCGUACGAAAUGAUAGUGAAGUACUUAAACAACAGUUUGUGGACGCAAUACAACUGGCCUUUAGAGCACAGGUAGAUAGGGCUGACUUCAAGCACAAUGCAGUGGCAGAGACUGACAAAAUUAACCAAUGGAUACGCAAACAGACAAACAAUAAAAUACAAAAAAUAUUUGACACAAUCGAUGAACAGACAUCUCUUAUACUAUUAAAUGCGCAAGAGUUUAGUAAAUAUGGGACUAUUAAGUCUAACUUUUAUAAUAACGGCGCCGAUAAUAGUCAUGUUUCGGUCGACACAAUGGAAAAGAGAACUGAUUUCCGUUACUUUAAUUCAGAUGAGUUAAACUCACGACUCAUUGAAUUGCCGUAUAAGGGAUCGGAAAUGUCUUUUGUUAUUAUAUUACCAAAUGAUAGAAACGGUUUGUCAACACUUAAGACUCGGAUAAAUGCCAUAAACUUUGACAAAGCAUUCAAAUCAAUGAUAAGCACUGAUAUAUAUUUAUCUUUACCAAAGUUUAAGUCAGAAAAAGAGUACGAUUUGAUGACUGCUAUAAAUCCCAAACCAAUUGCAUUGACCACUGGAGCAGAUUUAUCACGACUGUCCACUUCAUGUGGUGAUCACACCGUAACACAAAUCAAACACAAAACUUUUAUAUCUGUAGACGAAGAGGGAACCGAAGCGGCGGCCGUUACUGCUGUUUUAAUGGGUGCUCUUAUGGGGGGGUUUUUUCGUCCCCCAUCUAUUCAGUUUCGUGUGGACCACCCGUUCCUCUCUUAUAUUAUUGACAAAACUAAUGGUAUGAUUAUGUUUUCCGGACAAAUCAAUAAACUUUAG